GGCGUCUCCCGGACAGGACCGGACCGGAGAGCAUCUGAGCGGGCAGCGGGCCUCGGGGAGCAUGGCCCAGCCAGGCAGGAGCACGGGAUACGAAGGAAUAAUCACCGGGAACGUGAGCAGAUUCGCCGCCCUUCCCUCCGGCUGGUCUGGGCCCCCCAGGAAAGGACAGCUCAUCUUCGACGCCUCCUUCGAGAGCGGUAACUUGGGCCGGGUGGACCACGUCUCCGAGUUCGAGUACGACCUGUUCAUCCGUCCCGACACGUGCAACCCACGCUUCCGCGUCUGGUUCAACUUCACCGUGGAGAACGUGAAGGUGGCCCAGAGGGUCAUUUUCAACAUCGUCAACUUCAGCAAGACGAAGAGCCUCUAUCGGGAGGGGAUGACGCCGGUGGUGAAAUCUACCAGCAGACCAAAGUGGCAAAGGCUGCCGCUCAAAACCGUCUACUACUACCGCUGCCCGACCCACCGGGGGAACUACGUCCUGUCCUUCGCCUUCUGCUUCGACCGGGAUGACGACGUGUACCAGUUUGCGUACUGCUACCCCUAUACGCACACGCACCUUCGGCGCUGCCUGGAAGGGCUGCAGGGGAAGGGUCUGCCCCACGUCGUAUGCGAGCAGCUCGGCCUCAGUGUGCAACAGCGGCCGUUUGACCUUCUGACCAUCACCAGCCCCGAAGACAAAACUGACCUCGAGAACAGUGUGAUGCAGAAGAAAAUUAAAAUCCCCAAACUCUCCCUCGAUCACAUAGACGAUGAAGGGGAGGCGAGAGAUUACGGGGAAGACGAUAUGGAACUUAGGCACAGCAAGAGGCAGGACGGGAGGAAGCAGGGCGACGGGCCCCAGAAGAGCAUCGAAGCGGUGGUGGCCCGCCUGGAGAAGCAGAACGGGCUGAGCCUCGGCGGGUCGGGCUCGGAGGAGGUCGCCUCGAUGGAGGCGGCGGGCGGGGACCCGGCCGGACCCGAGGAGGGGGGCGCCGGGGGCCCGUCGGUGCCGCGGGGCCUCUACGAGGAGCUGGUGAGGAGCUACCAGCAGCAGCAGGAGGAGAUGCGGCACAUCCAGCAGGAACUGGAGCGGACGCGGAGGCAGCUGGUUCAGCAGGCCAAGAAGCUGAAGGAGUACGGGGCGCUCGUGGCCGAGAUGAAGGAGCUGAGGGACCUCAACCGCCGCCUGCAGGAUGUGCUCCUCCUGCGCCUGGGCAGCGGUCCCGCUCUCGAGCUGGAAAAAGUCAAGUCGGAAUCCCUGGAGCCUGACCUCCGGAAGACGUUCAGCGACGAGGCCAACACCUCAUCCUAUUACCCCGCUCCCGUCCCCGUCAUGGACAAGUAUAUUCUAGAGAACGGCAAGGUGCACCUUGGGAGCGGGAUCUGGGUCGACGAGGAGAAGUGGCACCAGCUUCAGGUGACCCAAGGCGACUCCAAGUACACAAAGAACCUGGCCGUCAUGAUCUGGGGGACGGACGUGCUCAAAAACAGGAGCGUCACCGGGGUGGCCACCAAGAAGAAGAAAGACGCCGUCCCCAAACCCCCCCUGUCCCCUCACAAGCUGAGCAUCGUCAGAGAAUGUUUGUAUGACAGAAUAGCACAAGAAACUGUGGACGAGACAGAAAUUGCACAGAGACUCUCCAAAGUCAACAAGUACAUCUGUGAAAAAAUCAUGGAUAUCAAUAAAUCCUGCAAAAAUGAAGAAAGGAGGGAAGCAAAGUACAAUUUGCAAUAAACUCUGGAUUUUU